AAGGAGGCGGGCCCCAAACCAACACUUGAAAAGAAACCCGGUCUGCUGCAGAGGAUCUGCCGCCUGGUUCUGUUCCUGUGGCUCCUCCUCCUCGCUCUGCUGCUCCUCCUCUUCCUGCUGCCGCUCAUGGAUGAAGGAAGCAGCUGCUCGCUCUCCAACAACUUCGCCCGAUCCUUCAGCGUCAUGCUGCGCUACGACGGGCCUCCCCCCACAUGAAGAGCCAGAACCAGAACCAGRACCWGRACCWGGACCUGGACCUGGUGUCUCUGAGCAGGUUCUCAGCUUGUUUUCGUCUCAGACGUCCUCCUGUUUGUACCAAACAAACUGACCCUGAGUCAAACUGCUGCAGCUAAACUGUGACUCAGACAGGCCACGCCCCCUCAGCUCACCUGGCUGCAGGUGAUCACCUGAGGUUCUGCUCAUCAAGCUGCWGUCAGUUUAUCAAAGUAAAUAAUUUCUGUAUUAUCUGCUUCAAAAAAACAGCUGAACCUGUUUAUUUAUAUUUAUUUUAUGUCUCAACAGGUUAUUUUUUAAUAAAAUAGAAAACUGUGGGAUUAAUAUUAUAAUCUGAAAUCAUAAAUCAAGACUGUUUGAAAUGUUMACUCCUUAACUGAGUCUAGUGGGAAAUAGACCAUAAUGCAUUGCAGCCUGACACGGCAGGCUAAUGGAGGCUAACGCUAACAUCAGACUCUGUGAAAAAGACAUUAAUUAUUUAAACAUCUCUAAAAUUAGAAAAUAUAAAUCCAACAGAUCUGUUUUUUYUUCACAGCUGACUGAUGACUCAGCAGAUAAUCAUGAAGGACGCUGCGUUCAGGUGGUGUUGGGAGUAAAUGAGUGAACAUUUCACAGUUUCUGGUUUAAUGAUAAACGUCCAGAAUUCAGUUUGUUUCUGUCAGUGUUUGGUUUCUGUUCUUCUGUCUCUGCAGCAGUAAAAUAAACAUCAUCAUGAA